GCGGUGGGGAACCCGCUGGUCACGUGAUUUCCGCCGUCGCUGCUGACAUUAAAACAAGGCAGAAGAGCCGAAAAGGGACGAGAGGACAGAGGCCGCCAGAGGGGCAAACAGAUAUCCAAGAUUUGUAACCGGAUGUAUUCCUACUAAUAUAGUUGGAAACAAUAACAGAUCUACAGAUGAAGCAGAUGUUGUAGAAGAAUCCUCACACCACUGCCUGUCACUCUUCAUCCCCCCCUGAACAAGGACCGUUUAAGGUGUUGUGUUAAGCCAAAAAUGGAGAACAUUUAGGGGAGGUUUCUUCUCAGGUGAGUCCUGAGUUGUGACACUAAAGGUUCUGCUGAGCCCAACCUGCUAAUAGUAUGAACCAUGGACCCUGGGGCAGUUGAUAGUCCUGUAACCCUGGUCAUUAAAGCCCCCAACCAGAAGUAUGAAGACCAAACCAUUAACUGCUUUCUCAACUGGACCGUGGAGCGGCUGAAGAGCCACAUCACUAAAGUGUACCCCAGCAAGCCGCUGUCUAAAGACCAGCGGCUGGUGUACUCAGGAAAGCUCCUCCAAGACCACCUGCAGCUCAGAGAUGUGCUGAGAAAGCAGGAUGAAUACCACAUGAUGCAUCUAGUCUGUACCUCUCACAGUCCUCCAAGUUCUCCAAUGCCUCGUAGCCCUUCCGGCUCUUCUGCUUCUGACUCCAGCAGUUCAGACAGUGCUGGCUCCCCCUCCCCUUCCACCGCACCAAAUCAGGACAGCCAGCCAGCCUCUACUUCCUCUUCUGCACCAGGAGGUUAUGAUGGGUUGAGGUAUCGCGGAGGGUUCCCUCCUUACAAUCCUCAGAGUGUCUCUGGUGUCCCUCAGUGGCCAGAUGCAGCCCAGAUCCCUUUGCAAGACGGAUUCCCGGCCAACAUGGUCCCCCACCCCAUGUACAUGCCCAUACAGAUGCUGUGGUGGCAGCAGAUGUAUGCGCGCCACUACUACAUGCAAUAUCAAGCAGCCGUAGCCUCCUCUCAGCCUCCCAGCACUUCUCCUCCCUCCUCUCCCUCCUCCUCCCCCCAUCAGCCGGCCCAACCCAACGAAGCUGUGCAACCUCCCCUGGGCCCCAACCCGGUCCACAACCCGCUGCCAGAGAACCCGCCGGCCAACCCCAUCCAGAUGAACGCGCAGGGCGGCCCCGUGUUGAACGAUGACGAGCUGAACCGGGAUUGGCUGGACUGGCUGUACACGGUGUCACGCGCCGGCGUCCUUCUCAGCAUCCUCUACUUCUACUCCUCCUUCAGCCGCUUCGUCAUGGUGGUCGGUGCCAUGUUACUCAUCUAUUUGCACCAGGUUGGUUGGUUUCCCUUCAGACCAGACCAGCAGAACCCCCAAGGAGUAGAACGGGCCGGCGCUCCUCAGGAGGAAGCGCAGAGACACCAGGACAUACAGGAAAUGGAACGUCUCAUGGAUGAAGAUCUAGAGGAUGAUGACAGCGGUGAAGAAGGCGGCGGAGGCCCAGAGGACCAGGCCCAGAACGCCGCUGCCGCUCUGCCGGAGCCAAACUUCCUCACCGUCGCCUGGUCCUUCAUCAGCACCUUCUUCACUUCGCUCAUCCCCGAGGGACGACCCCAUCCGGCCAACUAGGAAGACAUUGUGCCUCUCAUGUCUUUCAGCUGCCAACAGGUACCGCCCUACAAGAUUCCCCACCUUUUCUUUCCUGUCCUAAAUACCCCAACAAUAUCUUACUGAAUAUUAGUGCUGAACCAGUCAGA